CAGGAAGCUGCCAGUCCACACGCGCGCUCACUGAGAUCUGAGAAUUGGUCUGAUGGAGCAAAGGGACUCGGCGCAGCUCGGUACAAGAAGGAAACAAUGCGACCAGUAUGCAGACAGCACGGAUCGUACUGGAAGUUUGACACAACACCAGAGAACUCACACAGGAGAGAACCCCUUCAAGUGCAGUGUGUGUGAGAAGGCAUUUGCAACGUUAUCAAAUGUUAAGCGCCACCAGAGAACACACACAGGAGAUAAACCCUUCAAGUGCACUGUAUGUGAGAAGGCAUUUGCAACGUUAUCAAAUCUUCAGAGCCACCAGAGAACGCACACGGGAGCUAAACCCUUCAAGUGCACUCUGUGUGAGAAGAAAUUUGCACGGUCAUCACAUCUUCACGACCACGAAAGAACACACACAGGACAGAAACCCUUCAGGUGCACUAUGUGUGAGAAGGCAUUUGCACAGUCAUCACAUCUUCAGAGCCACCAGAGAACACACACAGGAGAGAAACCCUUCAAGUGCACUGUGUGUGGGAAGGCAUUUGCACAGUCAUCACAUCUUCAGAGCCACCAGAGAACACACACAGAGAAACCCUUCAAUUGCACUCUGUGCAGGAAGGCGUUUGCACUGUCAUCACAUCUUCAAAGACACCAGAGAACACACAGGCGGGAGAAACCCUUCAUGUGCAGUGUGUGUGGGAAGGCAUUUUCAGGUUCACCUGCUCUUGAAAAGCACCAGAGAACACACACAGGAGAGAAACCUUUUAAGUGCACUCUGUGUGGGAAGGCGUUUGCAAAGUCAUCAAAUCUUAAGACCCACCAGAGAACACACACAGGAAAGAAACCUUUCAAGUGCACUGUGUGUGAGAAGGCGUUUGCACAGUCAUCACAUCUUCAAAGACACCAGAGAACACACACAGGAGAGAAACCCUUCAAGUGCACUGUGUGUGAGAAGGCAUUUUCAUGGUCGUCAUAUCUUCAGACCCACCAAAGAACACACACAGGAGAGAAACCUUUUAAGUUCAGUGUGUGUGGGAAGGCGUUUGCAAAGUCAUCAACUCUUCAGACCCACCAGAGAACACACACAGGAGAUAACCCCUUCAAGUGCAGUGUGUGUGGAAAGGCAUUUUUUGAUUCAUCUACUCUUAAACAACACCAGAGAACACACACAGGAGAGAAACCUUUUAAGUGCAGUGUGUGUGGGAAGGCGUUUGCAAAGUCAUCAAUUCUUAAAUCACACCAGAGAACACACACAGGAGAGAAACCUUUCAAGUGCACUGUGUGUGAGAAGGCGUUUGCACAGGCGUCCAUUCUUAAAUCACACCAGAGAACACACACAGGAGAUAAACCUUUUAAGUGCACUCUGUGUGGGAAGGCAUUUGCAAAGUCAUCAAAUCUUAAGACCCACCAGAGAACACACACAGGAGAGAAACCUUUUAAGUGCAGUGUGUGUAAAAAGGUGUUUGCACAGUCAUCCAUUCUUAAAUCACACCAGAGAACACACACAGGAGAGAAACCUUUUAAGUGCACUCUGUGUGGGAAGGCGUUUGCAAUGUCAUCAAAUCUUAAGAUCCACCAGAAAACACACACAGGAGAGAAACCUUUUAAGUGCACUCUGUGUGGGAAGGCGUUUGCAAAGUCAUCAAAUCUUCAAACCCACCAGAGAACACACACAGGAGAUAAGCCCUUCAAGUGCAAUGUGUGUGGGAAAGCAUUUUUUGAUUCAUCUACUUUUAAACAACACCAGAGAACACACACAGGAAAGAAACCUUUCAAGUGCACUGUGUGUGAGAAGGCGUUUGCACGGUCACCAGAUCUUCAAAGACACCAGAGAACACACACAGGAAAGAAACCUUUCAAGUGCACUGUGUGUGAGAAGGCGUUUGCACAGUCAUCACAUCUUCAAAGACACCAGAGAACACACACAGGAGAGAAACCCUUCAAGUGCACUGUGUGUGAGAAGGCAUUUUCAUGGUCGUCAUAUCUUCAGACCCACCAAAGAACACACACAGGAGAGAAACCUUUUAAGUGCAGUGUGUGUGGGAAGGCGUUUGCAAAGUCAUCAAUUCUUAAAUCACACCAGAGAACACACACAGGAGAGAAACCUUUCAAGUGCACUGUGUGUGAGAAGGCGUUUGCAUGGUCGUUUAUUCUUAAAUCACACCAGAGAACACACACAGGAGAGAAACCCUUCAAGUGCACUGUGUGUGAGAAGGCAUUUUCAUUGUCAUCAUAUCUUCAGACCCACCAGAGAACACACACAGGAGAUAAACCCUUCAAGUGCAGUGUGUGUGGGAAGACAUUUUUAGAUUCAUCUGCUCUUAAACAACACCAGAGAACACACACAGGAGAGAAACAUUUUAAGUGCAUUCUGUGUGGGAAGGCGUAUGCAAAUUCAUCAAAUCUUCAGUCCCACCAGAGAAUACACACAGGAGAUAAACCCUUCAAGUGCAGUGUGUGUGAGAAGGCAUUUUCAGAUUCAUCUACUCUUAGAAGACAUCAGACAACACACACAGGAGAGAAACUCUUCAAUUGCAGUGUUUGUGGGAAAGCGUUUGCACAUUCAUCAAAUCUUAAAAAAACACCAGAGAUCACACACGCAUCAGAAAAUCCACAAGAAGUGUAAUCUGAA